AUGAAAAGUCAUCCUUGAGUGCAUAAUUCUUUUAGGCGAAAGGUGUAGCUUUUCUAUAAUCAAAGCUGCAUAAUUUCAAAAUGGAGUUGAAAUUGAUUUUAAUUGUGGUUUACAUUGUGCUUGAUAUUGCAAACGCAGCAGUAAUAGAACCCAUCAUACAAAUUGACCAAGGUCAGCUCAAAGGGAAAAUUGGGGAGAGUCGUGGUGGAAAAAGUUUUGCAGAAUACCUCGGAAUUCCAUAUUGCCAAAAACCGGAGAGAUUUCAUGAAGGAAUAUUACCAGCCCCGAAAUGGGAGGGAUUACGAGACGCAACAAAAUUUGGCCAAGUCUGUCCUCAAUUUGACCGAAAGUUAAAAUCAGUGAUAGGAAACGAAGACUGUUUAUUCUGUAACGUGUACACCCCCGAGAUUUCAACUCCUGAAAAAUCGAAAGGAACGCCAGCAACUAAAGUCUUGAAAAAGCGUCCUGUACUUUUCCAUAUUCAUGGAGGCUCAUUUGUCUCUCAAAGUGGAAAUUUGUUUGGUCCAAAAUAUUUAUUGGACGAGGAUGUGGUUCUUGUCACUUUCAAUUAUCGCCUCUCAGUUUUUGGAUUUCUAAGUACUGGUGAUAAUGAAACAAUUGCAAAUUUGGGAUUAAGGGAUCAAAUUCAGAUGUUGAAAUGGGUUCAUCAAAACAUUGAAAAGUUUGGAGGCGACCCGACGAAGGUAACUUUACUUGGCAGUGGAAGUGCUGGUGGGGCAUUGGCAUCGUAUUUGAUGAUGUCGCCACUGGCAAAAGGAUUAUUCUCCUCGGUGAUUUCAACCAGUGGAACUGCGAUCUGCCCGUGGGCGGUGGUUCAUAAGCCGGCUAAAAUUGUACAAAAAUUGGCUGCAAAGCUAAAUUGUCCUUCCAGUGCGAAAAGUAGCAAGGAUAUUGUGGCAUGCAUCAAGGGAAAGAGCAUCAAAGACAUUGAAAUCGCACGCGUCGCAUUGCAAGGAUUUGUAGAAGACCCAGCCGUUCCUUUCGCACCCGUCGUAGAAAGUUGGUUGGUGAAAGAUCCGGCUUCUGCUCCAGUUAUUCCAGAUGUACCAGAAAAGUUGAUGAAUGACGGGAAAUACAAUCGCGUCGCUUGGCUUACAGGAGUCAACUCUCAUAAUGGCAUAAAUCUUGGGCUAGCGACCAUCCUAACCACGCCAAAGAGAUUGACGCAACUGGACCAAGAAUGGAGUAAAUUGGCUCCUCUCACUUUUCAUUAUAGUCAAACCGCAUCCCAUCCCUCAAACGUAUCUGCCUCUAUCCGCGAACAUUAUUUUGGCAAGAAAAACAUCAGCUUAGAGACGAAGGACAAAUUGAUCACAGCUUUGACGGAUAGGAAUUUCAUUUACUGCACAGCACAGGCUGCAUCACUCCAAUCAAAGUUUAGCCCAGUGUAUUUGUAUCAUUUGGGUUAUGUUGGAGGACACAGCUUUUUAGAUGAGUGGAACGUUAGGAAGGACUUGAAUGUUACGGGUGUGGUGCACGGAGAUGAAUUGCAAUACUUCUUCAACUUGGACAUGGGCAAUUUCCCCAUCAUCAAGAAGGGAGAUAAGCAUUUUCCAUUCUCUGAGAAAAUAGUAAAGCUAUGGACCAGCUUUGCACAGACUGGAAAACCAAUGGACAUAAGAGCUGAUAAGACUGCUGCAGAAUGGUCACCUGUCCCAUCAGGAACAGGGAAACAUGCCGUGCAGUUUUACAGUUUAGAUUCUGCAGAGCUAAGUCGCCCCAUAACUCUUGACGGAACAGUGCAAUCCACGAUAUGGGACGAGGUGGACUUGGGUGGCUACAAGGCUACAACUUCAUCCAAAUUUGCCAUUGGUUAUGAAAUGUCGGAUAAUCGGAAACCUUCUCCCAUAAACUCUGGACGUACAACCUCCUCACCGAAACCACUUUCGUCUCCAAAACAAUCUCAACUUACACCGAGAACUGAGAAACCUUUGGUCGUCCCAAGCCCCUCGAUUGAACACUUUGAACCAAUUCAUGUCAAGGGAGGAACAAUUCUAAAGGACGAGGACCCAUUCUCCAGUACUACGACUACCACCACAAAGAAACCUGGAUUUUUUCAAAAACUCGUUGGCUGAAUGCAAUGUUAAUUUUCUCUUUGCAGGCCUAAGCCACCCUAUCAUUUAGAAAUAAAAAAGCAAAUAAUCAGUGUAUUAAACAUUUUA